CGGAAAAGUUAGAAGUGUUCUCUGCUGCUCGUGUAAUUUAGCCCUGCAAACAGAGCGACCUUGGCUGAGUUGCGUGCGUGCCGUCCGUCGCUGUUUGCAUGGCCUUCGCGUUCAAGGCGUCCCUCACCGUGUCUUCCUCGGCUCUGCCGUUGAACCACACCAUGCGUCGUGGCCAGGCCGCGGUGGCGGUGCCCACGCCGGGUAGGCCCCUGGUCGGAGCGGUCGCCGUGGCGGCGGUGACCGCGCCCGCUCCUGCUGGGAGGUGCGCGUCGCUAUCCGCGGCUGGCGAGCGCGGCCUGUCGGUGGCAGAGGCCAUGUCUCGCGUCAGGGCGAAUGGCAAAACGGCGUUCAUCCCGUACAUCACCGCCGGCGAUCCCGACCUUGCGACGACAGCGGAGGCGCUCAGGCUCCUCGACAGCCUCGGCGCCGACGUCAUCGAGCUCGGCUUGCCCUUCUCUGACCCCUCUGCCGACGGGCCAGUGAUUCAGGCAUCCGCUGCGCGUGCGUUGGCUGCUGGCGCGACCACGGACACCGUGCUGUCGAUGCUGAAGGAGGUGACGCCGGAGCUGUCCUGCCCCGUGGUCAUCUUCUCUUACUUCAACCCCAUUGUGCGCUGUGGGACGGGAUGUUUCGCCGCGGCUGCCAAAGAAGCCGGUGUCAAAGGCAUUAUCAUUCCCGACCUUCCAUACGAGGAGAUGCAUGCUUUCAGGAAAAAAGCCAUCAAGAACGAUCUGGAGCUGAUCCUCCUUACAACGCCAGCUACACCAUUAGAGAGGAUGAAAGAAAUCACAAAAGCUUCAGAAGGGUUUGUUUACCUUGUGAGUGUCGUUGGAGUUACAGGAGCCCGGGCAACCGUAAACCCGUGUGUCAAGGAUCUUCUUCAGGAGAUUAGACAGGUCACAAACAAAGCAGUGGCGGUUGGCUUUGGCAUAUCGACCCCAGAACAUGUUAGCCAGAUUGCCGAGUGGGGUUCAGAUGGAGUGAUCAUUGGUAGUGCAAUGGUGAAACAGUUGGGUGAAGCAAAUUCUCCAAGAGAAGGAUUAAAGAGGCUAGAAGUAUAUGCCAAGAGUUUGAAGAAUGCACUCCCAUGAUAUGCAAUUAACAUGGUUAAUUAUUUAGGGUGGCAAGCCAGCAUGGUGGUCAAAAUUUAAAUCAGUAGAAGGGUAGAAGGUAUUUGCAAUUUUUAUGUCGCAAAAAGAGACUAGUGUUUACCUUUAUAGUUAGUGUUUGCAUAUGCUUUUGUUCGUUGUUGUGUUAACUUGGGAGUGUUAAUAUCAAGUGAGUGAAGUAAUUACAUUGUCAACCUCCACUCAUUGGUGGACAUAGAUUACCAAGUGGGAUGUAGAUGGAGUGGUCAUUGGUAGUGUAAUGGUUAAACAGUUAAGGUGAAGUGGCUUCUCCA